AUGGAGGCAGUUUGUGAGCCCAAGGUUCCCUUGCGCCAGAAGCCGAGGAGGAAAACUCAAGGCUUUUUCACCAUGAGCCGGAGGAGAGUAUCAUGCAAAGAUCUGGGACACGCAGACUGCCAAGGGUGGCUGUAUAAGAAAAAGGAAAAGGGAACUUUCCUGAGCAACAAAUGGAAGAAGAUCUGGGUGGUGCUGAAGGGGUCGUCCCUGUACUGGUACAGCAAUCAGAUGGCAGAAAAAGCUGAUGGAUUUGUCAACCUGCCCGAUUUCUCUGUGGAAAGAGCAAGUGAAUGCAAGAAAAAGCAUGCUUUUAAGAUCAGACAUCCUGAGAUCAAGACCUUCUAUUUUGCAGCUGAGAACGGGCAGGAAAUGAACGUGUGGUUAAAUAAACUCGGGUUAGCAUCAAUCCAUCAGGCAGCCACCGUCCAGAAUGAAGAAUGUUACAGUGAGAGCGAACAGGAAGACUCGGAAGUGCCUGUGGAGACGCCACCCCCUCCUUACUCUUCAGAGACUCCAUCCGGGAUGGCUGCACAGCAGGUGUCUUCAUCCUCUCCUCAGCUGAGUGGAGCAUCCUGUUCCUCCCCUUCCCGGAACGACGCAAGGAAGCAGUCCAGCAGCCCUUCUUCCUCCUCCUCAUGUAAAGGAAGGCAGUCCUGGUCCGACAUGGUUAACAGAUCCUCUGCUGCUGAAGACACUGGACAGCCCGCAGCGUUGGCUGUGCGGGUCCACUCGCCUCUCCCCUCAGAGGCCAGCGGUCCCAGUACCCAGGAUGAUACCAUCUCGGAGAGUGGAUUCAGGAACUCUUUGUCUAGUGACGAUACUUCUUCAGUGAGUAGCAACGUGGACCAUCUCCCCAUCCCAGACAAGCCAGUGGGAUCCAAGACAACAGAGACAGAAGAAACAAAAGGGUCUGAAGAUGAUGAAAUGGAGAAGCUCUACAAAUCCUUAGAGCAGGCAAGUUUAUCUCCCCUUGGAGACAGGCGACCUUCAACCAAAAAAGAGUUGAGGAAAUCCUUUGUGAAGCGGUGCAAAAAUCCAUCUAUAAAUGAGAAACUCCACAAAAUCCGAACCUUGAAUAGCACAUUAAAGUGCAAAGAACACGACUUGGCCAUGAUCAACCAGCUGCUAGACGAUCCCAAGUUGACAGCCAGGAAGUACAGAGAAUGGAAGGUCCUGAACACCAUGCUGAUUCAGGAUAUCCACCAGCAGCAGCGGACCCUGCCUGUCCCCGAGGAGGACAGCCCCCAGGACCUCGGGACGCAGCCCUCCGCGGCCUGCGUGGAAAGUUCGAUCUGA